AGUUCUAAAGGCACAAUGGACCCGUAUUUGUCUCAAAAUAAUAGUGUGUCAAAUGUCACAAUGUGAGAACAAGUAAAAAAAAAAACCUUUUCAAUUAGAUUUGUUUUCUUUGUUUUUGAACUUCUUGUGAAUUUUUGCUUUGACAAAGUUAAAAAAAAAAGUAAAAAAGAAAAAAUUGGGAGUUACCUUGGAAAUCUUCGCCGGAGCCGAGACGGGAAGGCGUGAUGGAAGAGACACAAAUGCAGAAGAAGGAAGAAGAACAAAAGCACCGUGAAAAAGAAGAAGAUGAAGAGGAAGAGGAAGAAGGACCACCUCCGGGAUGGGAAGCUGCAGUUCUUCCUCCUCCAGUCGCUGCCGUAAACCCCAAUCACACCACCGCCAAAAUUUCCGAGAUGGCACAAAUGGUAUGUGGAUCUUGCAGGCGUUUGCUUUCGUAUCUAAGAGGAUCCAAACAAGUCAAGUGCUCUUGUUGUCAGACUGCUAAUCUCGUUCUUGAAGCUAACCAGGUUGGUCAGGUGACUUGCAAUAAUUGCAAACAGCUCCUCAUGUAUCCUUAUGGAGCUCCAUCUGUUAGAUGUUCCUCCUGCAACUCUAUCACAGAUAUCAGAGAAAACAACAAACGACCUCCAUGGUCUGAGCAGCAAGGACCACUCAAAAGUUUAAGCAGUGUCCGGUGAGUAGAGAGAACACUAAACUUGGAACCGGUUUGAUGAAAAAAAAACUUGUCAUAAUGUUAAGAAUUAGAUGAAACAAAGUCAAUAAUAAUCAUUGAAUUCCCUUUCUUUCA